UGCAAGGAAUGUUUUGUGGCUUUAACAAGGAAAUUUCAAUCAGUUCGGCUUUAGCAAGGAAUGUUUUGUGGCUUUAACAACUCGCAAACUGACAAUCAUAACUAGCAUUAUCCCUGACUACAUAGACUGUCUUUCCAGCAAAUUCCAAAAGGAAACUUUGAAACCUUGAAUAUCGUGCAAGAUGUCUACAGUGUAUUCAACAACGUCCCAAAAGUUUUUGUUCGUCAGGACACCUACAUUCUCCAUUCAACCGUUCCAAAAGGAUUUGAUCGGCAUGCCAUUCGGUCAAGAAUCAACUGCUGCGGAUUGGUUUGAGAAGGAAAAAACUAAGCCAAAGUUCAUCCAUAGCUUGUGUAAAACGUAUAGCGUUAAAGCAACUCGACAAAGAGCACUCGAAUUCAUUUCUGGAGUAAGACACCCUCCAAGAAUAGUUAUUGAUUAUCUUAUUCUUUUAUUUGACACAAUAAGAGCAGAAUUAGAUGAUGAUUGGGAAACAUACAACAUCACCAUUUCGAAAGGGAGAAUCUCUCCGUUAUCUCUCCUCGAGAUGACCGUAACGUUCGACUCAGAUGAUAUCAGUCUCGAGAAUAAUGCAACAAAUGCUGACGAAAAAUUUGAUCAUUACAUGCUCAUGUACUUUGUGUGCGGAUACAGGUACAUCCUUUCUCAUCCAAACCAACGAACUCAACUUGCCGACAGAAUAGAAAGAGAGUUGAAUAGUCUCAUUCCUAAUUCUAAUUGGACCAAUAAUUUUUCUACUAACGUAAAGUCAAUGGAGGUCUUUGAAUAUAAUGAAAAGAUGCACAUGUUAAUGUCAGUUUUGGACAUGUUCCUACACAAAUUUCCCAUGAACAAGUAUGCCAAGGCUAGAAUGGGUACAAUUGUAACCCGCUAUUGUGGAUUUUCCGGAUUUGGAGUCCUUGAACAUUUGAGGAAGCUGCUCGCAUUAGGAUCCUUAACGGAUCUAAUUUUAUGGUUCUUCUUCGACAUAACCUCGAUCGAAAUUGAUAGAAUGUUUGACAAUAAUGACGAAAUAGAUAUCUCCCACUCUUACUGCCCAUAUACUCUAGGCAUGGGAUUGGCUCAAAAGAGUAUCUACACAUCUGCAUGUAAUCCUACCAUUUAUUUGAUCUGUCAUAUCGUCGGCUCCCUUUACAACAAUUCGCGAUCUCUGAAUGCUAUGAUGAAGUAUGAUGCACUUUCAACAUGCUCUAUGAAUGCCGCAAUCAUUUACUUAGCACACAGGAAACCCGCUAAGGUGGAAGUCGUUUCACAGGGGUCGAAAGCAGUAACCUCUAUAAGUGCUGCAGUCAACACUGAAGAAUGUAGCGAUCCUAGCUCUUGGAUAGCUCAUUUUCCGAAUAGGAAAUUCGAUUUAACACCAGCCGAAUUGAAGAUCUUAAAAAAUGCAGCUGAUGCGAUCUCGAAUCCCAGGCGGGGAUCAAUUGGAGAAUGGGUGAAACGAAGCUUUAUCCUUCUUGUGUCAUGAAAAAAAAAAUAUU